UUGUUUCGGCGGAAGGUUAAAGUGCACUGCAUUCAUUUUGCUGCUGUGUUUAAGUCUCUAUGGGUGAUUUCUGUUCAGCGGUGUUUGGCUCGCUGUACUGCAUUACAGUAAUAUCCCCACAGUUUUAACAGGAGUGUAGCUGAUGUUUGCAAUCCGCAGCAAUGACCACCACCAUCGUGCAUGACACCACGGAGGCGGUGUGCCUGUCUGCCGAGCACAACCUGUACCUGAAGCCCAUUGCCAAAAUGACCAUUAGCGUGGCUCUGCCGCAGCUCAAGCUGCCGGGCAAGAGCAUCUCUAACUGGGAGGUGAUGGAGAGAGUGAAGGCCAUGGUGGCUCCGGAGCAGUUUUCAGCCCUACGGAUCUCCAAGAGCACCCUGGACUACAUCCGCUUUGAGGGGGAGGUGGAAAACAAAACCGUGGUAAAGAGCCUGUUGACCCGUCUGGAUGGAAAAACCAUAAAACUCAGCGGGUUUACUGAUGUCCUCAAGGUUCGUGCAGUAGAAAAUAAGGUGGAUUUCCCCACACGUCAUGACUGGGACUCCUUUUUUCGUGACGCCAAGGAUAUGAAUGAGACUCUGCCGGGAGAAAGGCCGGAUACCAUCCACUUGGAAGGGCUCCCAUGUCGCUGGUUCAGCCAGAGAAACAGCCAGUUCCCGGACCGGCCGUCUGAAGCGGUCCUCACUGCUGUAUUUGAGGCGUUUGGCAAGGUUCGGCAUGUCGACAUCCCCAUGCUGGAUCCGUACAGGGAGGACAUGCUGGACAAGAACUUCAGUACUUUUAGCUUCGGGGGUCACCUGAACUUUGAGGCUUAUGUUCAGUAUCAGGAAUACUGCGGUUUCACCAAGGCUAUGGACUCUCUGCGAGGCAUGAAGCUGAUGCUGAAAGGAGACGACGAAAAAGCUGUGGCCUGCAACAUUAAGGUUAUAUUUGAUACCAGCAAGCACCUGAGCGACGCAUCCAUCAAGAGAAGAAACCAGGAGAGACUGAAGCUGCAGGAGCUGGAGAGACAGAGGGAGGAGCAGAAAAGAAGGGAGAAAGAAGAGGAGGAGCGGCGGAAGGAGGAAGAGAGGAAACAGAGGGAAAUGGAAGAGGAGGAGAAGGAGAGGAAGAAGGAGGAGAGGAUCCGAAAGCGAGAGCAGAAGCUGCGGGAGAAGGAGGAGCGGAGGAAUCUGAAGAAGGUGAAGAGGCAGCAGGAGCAGGAGCAGAAGAAGCUGCAGGUGAAGAUCGCCUUGGAGGAGAGAAGGCUGCUGCUGGCUCAGCGAAACCUGGAAUCAAUACGUCUCAUUGCUGAGCUGCUCGCCCGAGCCAAGAUCCUGAAGCAGCAGCAGCAGGAGAAGGAGAUGGCUGAACGCAAAGAGCAGGAGAAGCUGGAGCAAGCGCGUCAGAAGGAGGAGCUGGCCCAUCUCCAGCAGCUGGAGGCCUGUCGGCUAAGGCAGGAGCAGGAGCUGCGGCGGGUGGAGGUGGAGAAGCAGCGGGCACUGGAGCUCCAGCGGAAGGAGAAUGAGCUGAGGGAGAGGCUGCUUUGCAACCUCAUCAAGAAAAGCACAGCGGCUGCAGAUCCGCAUGACCUGUCCGCCCCCCCGACAAAAGAAGCGGCUCCCGAAUUUAGCGAUGUGAUGCUCGGGGUCCUGGGUCGGGUUAAUGGGGUGAAGACAGAUGAAGGCAAAGAAAAACAACUGUGUAGAUCUGUGCAAUCUGAACUUCUGGAGAAAAACCAAUCAAAGGAGAGACGAGGAAGGAAUGAAAAGAAGGAAGAGUUUGUUCGAUGCGUGCAAAGCGGGGAACAAGGCUGCGAAAGGAGCUCGCACAGUCGAGGGGGAAGGAGGCAUUCCCAAAGUUCCAGUAGGAAGAGGCGGAGCUCUAGCCGGCAAAGGAGGAGUCACAGGACACGCGACGGCCAUCACCGGGGAAGGAGGCGUAGUAGCAGCAGGAGCUCCAGCAGGGGGAGGAGCCUAAGCAGCAGUGGGAGGAGCCACGACAGGGGUAGGAGCCAAGGGCGUAGUCACCGCAGGUACAGCAGACGAAGUAGUAAGGACUACAGGAGUCACAGUCACCACAGCCGGCGAUACCGAAGGCACAGCGACAGCAGGGGGCGGAGCCACUCCAGGGGAUACUGAACGCAGUGGAGCAGCUUCACUCACGUCUCCUGUUUCUCUGCACGAUCCUGAAGUUUAGCAAGCUUCAGAGGGAACGCAAGAGCUUAAAAUAUGUAUAG